AUGCAUAGAAAAUACCACUUUGAGUUCAUUGGACUCAUUGAACCAAAACAGCAGUCAAGGAAAUUGGAUGGAUACAGAAGACAGAUUGACUUUGAACAAGCAAUUGUUAACACUUCUAACAAGAUUUGGGCUUUCAUUGAUGGGAAAUAUGAUCUAUAUGAUACAGAAGAGGAGAAAGAAUUCAUGGUCACUUUGGUUUAUGCUAAGUGUGAUCAUAUUGAAAGGAUUGAGCUGUGGGACUCAUUGUAUUAUCUGGCCAGUGACAUGACUAUUCCAUGCAUGGUAGGGGGAGAUUUCAAUGUCAUUUUGGAUGAGGAAGAGAAAUUUGGAGGCCUGCCAGUGUCAAUAAAUGAAGUGGAUAAUUUCAGACAUUGCAUGAACACCUGUAACCUCACAAAUAUGGGGUUCAAAGGGAGCAUAUAUACUUGGUGGAAUGGUCGAGCUGAGGAAGAUUGUAUUUUCAAGAGAUUAGACAGAUUUUUUGCAAACAUGGAGCUACAACAGAUAUGGCCAGGGCUGGAGAUUACUCACCUAUCCAAAAUUGGAUCUGAUCAUUGCCCCUUACUGAUUUCAUUUAUUCCAGAUACAGAGAAUUGGCAAACAGAUUUUCAAGCAAAUCCUUUUAUCAUUUUCAAUCACAAGCUUAAGAGAUUGAAGAAGGCAUUAUCUACAUGGAGCAGGACAACUUUUGGAGAUAUUUUUCAGAAAAUAGCUAGCCUGGAGGAAGUUGUGGUAGUACAUGAAGCACAUUUUGAGCUUAAUCCUACAAUUCAAAAUAGGGAAAGGCUACAAAAGGUGAAGGUAGAACUGUUUAAAUAUUUGGCUCUAGAGGAACAAUUUUGGAAACAAAAAUCUGGCAUGACUUGGUUCAAUUAUGGAGAUAGAAAUACUAAACUCUUUCAUGCUCAUGUGAAUGGAAAGAGGAAGAGACUGCAGCUAAAGAGAAUUCAAAAUAAUGCUGGACAAUGGGUGAAAGAUACAGAAGGAAUUGCAGAUGAAGCAGUUAGAUUUUUUCAAGCACAGUUUCAUGAAGAUGUAGUUCCUACAGAUUCUCAGAUCAUUAAUCGUGUCCCUCAAAUGGUUAAUGGGGAGCAAAACCAGGAACUAUUGAAACAACCUACUAGGGAGGAGGUCAAACAGGCAGUAUAUGGAUGA